UCUGCCGCCCGCCUGGGGGCCGAGGAGGAGCAGCAGCAGCAGCAGCCGCCGCAGCCGCAGCAGCAGGGCCGGGCCCGGGCCGGAGGGCUGCGGAUCCCGGCAUGGACCAGUGCGUGACGGUGGAGCGCGAGCUGGAGAAGGUGCUGCACAAGUUCUCGGGCUACGGGCAGCUGUGCGAGCGCGGCCUGGAGGAGCUCAUCGACUACACGGGCGGCCUCAAGCACGAGAUCCUGCAGAGCCACGGCCAAGAUGCUGAAUUAUCAGGGACACUUUCACUUGUUUUGACCCAGUGCUGUAAACGAAUCAAGGACACUGUUCAGAAGCUGGCCUCAGAUCACAAAGACAUCCAUAGCAGUGUUUCGAGGGUUGGAAAAGCCAUUGAUAAGAAUUUUGACUCUGACAUUAGCAGUGUGGGGAUAGAUGGCUGCUGGCAAGCAGACAGCCAGAGGCUUCUCAAUGAAGUGAUGGUGGAGCACUUCUUUCGCCAGGGAAUGCUGGAUGUGGCUGAGGAGCUCUGCCAGGAAUCUGGUCUUUCUGUAGAUCCAAGUCAGAAAGAACCAUUUGUGGAGUUAAAUCGAAUAUUAGAAGCAUUAAAAGUCCGAGUUCUGAGACCUGCACUGGAAUGGGCAGUAUCAAAUCGAGAAAUGCUCAUAGCCCAAAACAGCUCCUUGGAAUUUAAGCUCCACAGACUGUAUUUCAUUAGCUUGUUAAUGGGUGGUACUACAAACCAGAGAGAGGCACUACAAUACGCUAAAAAUUUUCAGCCAUUCGCCCUAAAUCAUCAAAAAGACAUCCAGGUCUUGAUGGGAAGUCUCGUGUACCUGAGACAAGGCAUUGAGAACUCACCAUACGUUCACUUGCUUGAUGCCAACCAGUGGGCGGACAUCUGUGAUAUCUUCACGCGGGAUGCAUGUGCCCUCUUGGGGCUCUCCGUGGAGUCCCCGCUCAGUGUCAGUUUCUCAGCAGGUUGUGUGGCGCUGCCAGCUCUAAUCAAUAUCAAAGCUGUGAUUGAGCAGAGACAGUGCACUGGUGUUUGGAACCAGAAAGAUGAAUUACCUAUUGAAGUAGAUCUUGGUAAAAAAUGCUGGUAUCACUCAAUAUUUGCCUGUCCUAUUCUUCGUCAGCAAACAACAGAUAACAAUCCUCCCAUGAAAUUGGUCUGUGGUCAUAUUAUAUCCAGAGAUGCCCUGAAUAAAAUGUUUAAUGGUAGCAAAUUAAAAUGUCCAUAUUGUCCAAUGGAACAAAGUCCAGGAGAUGCCAAGCAGAUAUUUUUCUGAAGAAAUAACUUGAGCAAUUUGUAAGUGAAACUGAAUUGCGGGUGCAUUUCAGAAGAGAAUGUUUCAUUUAAUGCAGCUAACCAAGGACUCCCGUGUUGAUAUAAGUUCAUACUCCAGAAACUUUGCCAACAUUUUAGUGUUCACACACCUGAGGGGAGUGCUCCAGAUGAAUAUUCUCAUAGGGCUUUAUUCGAUUCUUGGUCUUCAUUUCUGAUCAAGGAACUACACCAGCAGUUGUCAUUCAAUGCAGGUUUUUGUACUGAAUUAUAUGGUGAUUUUUUUACUUUUUAAGAGCAGAAACAGAAAUUUACCUCCCCGCCAUGUGUUUACUAUUUCUCCUGCUUUUACUUUUGUCAUGUUCUUGAUAAUUGUAAGCCUUGAGAAUGUUUGUGGAAAGUUUUAUUUCCUGUUCUGUACAGACACAAUUAAAUGAAAUUCUUCAGAAAAGGUUUGAAAACUGAAUUGUGGCUAAAAAUCAUUUGUGUCUAUCUCUUCUUUUUUUGCUUUUAUUUUUGUUUUUUUGUUUUUGUUUUUUUUUUUUUUUUGUUUUAUUGAUGAAGGAAGACAGCUGUGGUAGAUUCAUUCCCUAUUUGCUUUUGAUGUUUUGCUCUCCUUCAGCUCUCACAAAGGCUGCCUGUCUGCAUCCCAGCUUUAUAGCUUGGCAGGUUCUGAGUCCUACCCCUAGCCUGAUUUGGCAGGUGGCUGUGAGAAGUGCCCCACUGGGGCUGGAGUGAAAGCAGUGCUAUUGUUUCUUGCUUUUAUUGCCAAGAGGUGCUUGUUUGAAGUGUGUUCAAUAAAAAGAAAUUCUGAAGAUAGAAGGUGUUAAGUUGCUAUUUGCUCUCUUGGUCUUGGUAGCCCGUUCUCUGAAAUCUGCCUCUAGGACUUGGCUCUGUAUUGCCCCUUGUAUUUGCAGACACAAUGUUUUGUGUGUGUGUGUGUAUUUGUGUGUGUGUGUGUCUGUGCGUGUGCUUGCACCUGCAUUUGCUCUAUAUUGCCCCUGUACUUGCAGACAGGUGUGUGUGUGUGUGUGUGUGUGUGUGUGUAUAUAUGUAUGUGUAUAUGAUGGAGGGACGUACACAGAUGGACAGAUGGACGUAUCAUCAGCAGACAUUGUGUAUAUGAAGGGAAACAGCAUGUUCCAGUCCUAAAGUGCAGUCACCAGGCUUAUGUCUGUAUAUUCUUCAUGUUCUAAUAACUAGCAGAUUUUCUAUAGCACGCGUUAUGUUUAUUGCUGGUUUAUUUUUUAUUUGAAUAGUACAUUGUUCAAUGCCUAUCUCCAGCAAAGUGUAUCAUCUCAUUGACUGUGAACCUGUAUAUCAUUCUGGUGAAUGCAGAUAAUAAUUUCUUCUCUCAUGAGGUGUCAUCACUGAAUGCACUGUCUGGGAACAGCCAUGUGUAAGGCUUUCUCUGACCUCCAUGGAGAAGGCUUCUGGGGACAGAAUUCUGACUUAAAACCAGGAAGUUUCUUCAGUCGAUAGAAGAAUGUUACAUGGAGAUCAACAACUAUUUUUCAACUUAAUUUCAACAGAUGUGGAACUGAAAGCCACUAUAGAAAAAACAUUCCUGAGAAAAUGAAAAAAAAAAAAAAGAAAUAAAAAAAAUAUAGUUGUAAAAAGAAA